UCUGGGAUAGUGCCAGCUGCUCUCUUUCACACACACACACACACACACACAGGUGAAAGCAUGGCGCUCUUGGUUCAUAGACCUCACUUCACCCUCUCCCCUUCUUCUUCUUCUUCACUCCUGUUCUCAAAUGACAACAACCUCCGACCAAUUUCAGGUCAUCGGUUCAGUUUCAGCGGAAAGCCUCGCAGGGCUAGAAUCGCAACCUCCGGCUUCACUUGUUUCACUGCAAAGCUUGCCCAGGAAAUUAAACGGGAGACUGUAGUUGUGAAAGAGAAGAGCGUGUCGGUGAUUCUUUUGGCUGGAGGCAAGGGUACAAGGAUGGGUGCCAGUAUGCCGAAACAGUAUCUCCCGCUUUUAAGCCAGCCGAUUGCAUUGUACAGCUUUUAUACUUUCUCGCGCAUGCCUCAAGUGAAGGAAAUCAUUGUAGUUUGUGAUCCCUCCUACAGGGAUGUUUUUGAAGACGCCAAGUAUAAGAUCCAGACAGCACUCAAAUUCACACUACCGGGGAAGGAAAGACAAGAUUCUGUUUACAGUGGACUACAGGCUAUUGAUUUGACCUCUGAACUUGUUUGCAUCCAUGAUUCUGCAAGACCUCUGGUAUCAUCAGAAAAUGUUGAGAAGGUUCUCAAAGAUGGUUGGUUAAAUGGAGCAGCUGUACUAGGCGUUCCAGUAAAAGCGACCAUCAAAGAGGCAAACAAUGAGUCUUUUGUAGUUCGAACUCUGGACAGGAGAACACUUUGGGAAAUGCAGACACCACAGGUCAUCAAACCUGAAUUGCUCAAAAAGGGCUUUGAGCUUGUUAACAGAGAGGGCCUUGAAGUGACUGAUGACGUGUCUAUUGUUGAGCACCUUCCACAUCCUGUUUACAUCACUGAAGGAUCUUACACCAACAUCAAGGUGACAACCCCAGAUGAUUUGUUACUCGCAGAAAGAAUAUUGAGUAUGGACACUAAAAAGUCCUCAGAAUGAUCUUCAUAACAUUUGUCUUCGAAUCACCUUGGUGCACAUAAGAUCUUUGAAAACAUUUCAAAGUAGCAUGAUUCAUUCAGCAGACUACCCUUGCUGAGAUAUAUGCAGCCAUUGCUUUCAGAAUCAGGUGGUAUUAUAACUGGCUCCAUAAGUGUCAAAGUUUUAGGUCCAGAUGUGGAAAAGAACAGAAAAGUUUAAUUGCAGGUAGCUUGGCUAUUGGAAACAGUUUUUGUUGGGGUUAAUAAAUUUAUGGCAAAGUACAUGAAAUGGAACGACUUGGUUGUUUUACUCACAGAAGUAUUAUGAUGAAUGGAUGGUUUUUCGGUGAAAACUGAGUUGAUAAGAAUCAUGUUAAACUAAUUAUAACCGAAUAUUACAUGUUUAAGGGUUUAUCCAGUAAAGAUGUUGGUUUAAGUUCUGAUUUCCUUCGAUGACAAAAAGUUAAGAGCCACUUCCUGAACAGUGUUCCUGGCGGUAUUCUGUUAUUGAUGGAUUAUCUAUACUCUUGCAAAUGCUGCAAGUUAUGGCUAUGUUGGGUAUCCGGAUGGCGCGGCGGCCACCAUGAUCUUCAGUUUCCCCUUCUGAAUUCUUCCAUUUGUGCUCGAAGUGUUUUAAGCAUUAUACAUUUAUACUUGCGAAAUAAGCAUAAUGCAUUGACAACUCAUUCAUAAGUUCUUCAAUUUUAUCCUCCGCUGCAUUUUCUUUGUUCUUUGCAGAGAGGAUUUAUUUUGUGUUCAUUAUAGACUAAGGAGUAAAGGACAAUCGGAAUUUGGAAUGUUUGUGUGCACAUUAUUAGGCUGCUUUUAUUGAUUGAUACACAUG